GGAACAGGAGGCACUUAGUGGUGUCAGUAUCCUGAAGGAAAGUAUUGUCGUAAUGCUGAUAUGAAAAGUAUGACUUUCUCUUUCCAAAUGGUUCGUCGGCAAGGUCCUCCUGUGUUGUAGCUGUACAAUGGCAGCCAAUGCAAGAACUCAAUGCCUUGGCCGCUUUUUAUACAGACAGCAUUGAAAUCGGGAAAUCGAGUUCGAUUACCGCAUACAUCUCAUGCUGUAUCUAUUUUUAGUUUGAUUGAUGUUGGGCUUGGGUCGCAUACCAAUCACGUUGUUCUCAUUUUUAUUCUCCAGUUUGGUUGGUCUUGUUAGGUUCAGCUACGUGCCACGGAGUCGCCAGUCUGAAUUGAGACAAAGUGCAAAAGUCAG